AUGUCCCGACUUGUCCAGAAGUCCCCGUCUCUGUGUGUGGACCUGCCGCUGGACAACACGGACGUUUGUGACAAGCUUCGUUUACUGAGGCAGCUCCUGACGUCUUGUUAUGGUCCGACCGGGAAACUGAAACUAGUUCACAACAACAUCGGAGGACACGUUGUCACCACCUCGACCUCCUCACUUCUCCUCGCAGCCAUUUCCUCCUCACAGCCUCUUGUGAACCUCAUAAAAACCUCCGUCCUCAACCACGUGUCCCGGUUCAGUGACUGCGGUUUGUUCGCUGCCUGUCUGUGUUUGGAUCUUAUCGAACAAGCGAAGCAAAGUGGCCUCAGAGGAAACACGUGUAUCAGGCUGAACAGGCACUUCCUGGGUGAGUGCGUCAGUUACCUGCAGAGAGACGACUGCUGCUGCAAAGUGAAGCUCGACUUCUGCAGCAGCCACAACCUGAUCGCAUUAGCUCGCAGUGUUAUCUCCAGCAAACCAGCAUGUAUGCUCACAGUGCAAGAGACGCUUCACAUCAGCAGGCUGGCUGUGCAGGCUUUUCUACUGACUCUUCCCUGUGACACACCAGGCACGGUGUCCCUGGGCCAGACAGUGACCAUCUGUGUGGAGGGCCACUCUGUGCUCAACUCUGCAGUGUUCCCAGGUUUGCUGGUGGAUGUCACUGGUGUCCCAUGCAUCAACGAGUCAGAGCACCUGAGUUCACAUCCACUGUGCACGCUGUUGUUCAGUGCAUCCCUUGCUGGAGACAUUCCUGAACUCGGAGAUGGGAUCAUCGAAGUGUCCUCGGGUGUAGACACAGACGCACAGAUCUUGGAUCAACUCCUGGAUCUUGGCAAGCAGGCGUUUGAAGAUGACGUCAAACUCUUUGUCUGUCAGAAGGUCAUCCACCCAGUCCUACAGCAUUACCUGAGGAGUCGAGGUGUUAUUGUGAUAGAGAGAUUGGGAAUCACUCUCAUGGAGCCGCUCAUUCUGCUUACAGGUGCUCAUCCUGUGGCCACAUUACACACCACACUUCCAGCCAAGGCCUACGGGAAGGUGAGGGAUCUCAGUAUAAGGCAGUUCGGAUCCAAGACUAUGCUGCAUUUACUCGCCCCCGGGGACUCUGCAAUCUGCACCAUGGUCCUCUGCCACAGGAACGAGACCAUGCUAAGCGAGCUGAAGGUGGUGUGUCAGAAGACAGAACAUGUGUUGAGGCUCACCCUCAGGGAGCCAUACGCCUUAUUUGGAGGUGGGUGCACUGAGACCCACUUGGCUGCUUACGUCAGACACAAGGCCACAAACGGAGGAACGGAGUCUGCAGCAGUAUUAGGGUGCUCACAGUCAGAGUACCUUCUCGGCAUGGACAGAUUCUGCAGCUCUCUGGAGUGUGUGGCCAAAUCACUGGAGCACAAUGGUGGGAAUUCUUUAAUUGAUCUGACUCAUGCGCACCACUGGACCCUGCCUGCAGAUGUGUUGAACAGAUGCGUAGAGGAUAGCUUGGGCUUCUGUGGCUGUGGACUGGUGGAAGGAGGCUCUAGUAAGAAGUGGACAUACCUAAACACUAAAUAUGCAGAGUUCUCCCCUGCAGCCCUCACUACAGAUUCUGCUGUGCAGCCACGUGUGCUGGACUCCUUCACGGCUAAACUCAACGCGUUGCAAGUGGCUGUAGAAACUGCUAAUCUCGCACUAGAUGUGAAAUACAUCAUUAAAGAUGUGAACUAGUAGAAUAAGUAUUUUGGU